UGGACAUCUCCACACAAUGACGCAAACCCUCAAUUCUUCUUCUAUGUUUUGUUAGAUAUUUAUUUUCCAUUUUUAUUCUCUCUCUCACACCAGCGUAGAAACAGAGAAUCCCACAAAUUCCUCUCCGCGGCGCGGUCGAUCUGCUCUCAGGUAAAUACCUGUCACCUUCCAAAGAAGGGACUUAGCAGCAAACAUGAGUGUGGUAGGUUUUGAUGUUGGCAAUGAAAGUGGUGUUGUUGCUGUUGCAAGGCAAAGAGGGAUUGAUGUUGUGCUCAACGAUGAGUCCAAGCGCGAGACUCCUGCUAUCGUAUGUUUUGGCGAGAAGCAGCGAUUCCUUGGAACAGCAGGGGCUGCAUCAAGUAUGAUGAAUCCAAAAAAUACGAUAUCACAGAUAAAACGUUUUAUUGGACGUAAAUUUUCAGAUCCUGAACUGCAGAAGGAUAUCAAAUCAUUGCCAUUUUCAGUCACUGAAGGGCCUGAUGGAUAUCCCUUGAUUAAUGCUCAGUAUUUGGGAGAAAAUAGGACCUUCACACCUACUCAGCUUUUAGGAAUGGUUCUUUCUGAUUUGAAGAUCAUUGCAGAAAAGAACUUAAAUUCUGCCGUUGUGGACUGCUGCAUCGGGAUACCUGUUUACUUCACUGACCUGCAGAGAAGAGCUGUUAUAGAUGCUGCAACUAUUGCUGGUUUGCAUCCUCUUCAUCUCAUUCAUGAGACAACAGCUACCGCAUUAGCUUAUGGUAUUUACAAGACUGAUUUACCUGAAAAUGAACCAAUGAAUGUUGCAUUUGUCGAUGUUGGUCAUGCCAGUAUGCAAGUAUGCAUUGCUGCCUUCAAGAAAGGUCAGCUGAAGAUAUUGGCUCAUUCUUAUGAUCAGUGUUUGGGUGGAAGGGAUUUUGAUGAGGUUCUUUUCCAACAUUUUGCUGCGAAGUUCAAGGAUGAAUACAAGAUUGAUGUUUAUCAAAAUGCAAGGGCUUGCUUGAGAUUGCGUGCUGCUUGUGAGAAGCUGAAAAAGAUGCUUAGCGCAAAUCCUGAGGCACCUCUGAACAUCGAGUGCUUGAUGGACGAGAAGGAUGUCAGAGGUUUUAUUAAGAGAGAUGAGUUUGAGCAGAUUAGUAUUCCAAUUUUGGAACGUGUGAGAAAGCCUUUGGAGAAGGCUCUUGCUGAUGCUGGACUGUCUACUCAGGAUAUACAUUCUGUUGAAGUUGUUGGUUCAGGCUCUCGAGUUCCAGCGAUAAUCAAAAUAUUGACGGAGUUUUUUGGAAAGGAGCCUAGACGAACAAUGAAUGCUAGUGAAUGUGUGGCAAAAGGCAGUGCUCUUCAAUGUGCUAUUCUCAGCCCCACAUUCAAAGUUAGAGAUUUUCAGGUUAAUGAGAGUUUUCCAUUUUCCAUUGCUUUGUCAUGGAAAGGAUCUGCAUCUGAUACACAAAAUGGAGCAGCUGAUAAUCAGCAGAGCACUGUUGUAUUCCCCAAGGGUAACCCCAUACCAAGUAUUAAGGCGUUGACUUUCUACAGAUCUGGGACCUUUACUGUAGAUGUACAAUAUGCCGAUGCUAGUGAAUUACAGACACCUCCAAAGAUUAGUACUUACACGAUUGGACCUUUCCAGUCCACAAAAGGUGAAAGGGCAAAGUUGAAGGUCAAAGUGCGUCUGAAUCUUCAUGGCAUUGUCUCGGUUGAGUCUGCAGUGCUCUUAGAAGAGGAAGAGGUGGAAGUUCCAGUUGUGAAAGAGGCAGCUAAAGAGGAGACCAAGAUGGAAACAGAUGAUGCUCAUCCCAGCAGCACUGAAACUGAUGUCAAUAUGCAAGAUGCUAAGACCGAUGGUCCUGGAGCUGAAAAUGGUGUCUCGGAAUCAGGAGAUAAGACAUCUCAGAUGGAAUCCAAUAAGGUUGAGGCACCAAAGAAGAAGGUUAAGAAAACUAAUGUCCCUGUAUCAGAAAUUAUAUAUGGAGGUCUCGCUGCUUCUGAUGUGCAAAAAGCUGUGGAGAAGGAGUUUGAGAUGGCAUUGCAGGAUCGUGUUAUGGAAGAAACAAAAGAUAAAAAGAAUGCUGUAGAGGCAUACGUUUAUGACAUGCGAAACAAGCUUCAUGACAAAUUACACGAGUUCGUGACAGAAUCAGAUAGAGAGCAGCUUAUUUCUAGACUCCAGGAGGUGGAAGAUUGGUUGUACGAGGAUGGCGAGGACGAAACAAAAGGAGUUUAUAUUGCUAAGCUGGAUGAGCUCAAGAAGCAAGGUGAUCCCAUCGAGGAGCGCUUCAAGGAGCAUUCCGAGAGAGGAACUGUGAUCAACCAGCUUAUUUAUUGCAUCAACAGUUACAGGGAAGCAGCAAUGUCGAACGAUUCCAAGUUUGAUCACAUUGACCUGGCCGAGAAACAAAAGGUUUUGAGUGAUUGUGUUGAAGCUGAAGCUUGGCUUAGAGAGAAGCAACAGCACCAGGAUACACUCCCAAAGUACACGCCUCCCGUACUCUUGUCUGCUGACGUUAGGAAGAAGGCUGAAUCUCUCGACAGGUCCUGUAGGCCGAUCAUGAUGAAGCCGAAGCCAGCAGCGAAACCAUCCACUCCCGAGCCAGCUUCCCCAGCGCCUUCGGGAGGUGAAUCUCCUCAAGCAACAGAGAAUGGCCAAGCUGGUACCGCAAGUGAAGACCCUCAGCCUGCUGCGGAGCCAAUGGAAACAGAUAAACCCGAGAGCGGGCCGAGCUCGGCAUAAAUAUGCAGCAGGCAUUCUUUAUUUUAGCAGUGUUUUGUAUCGGCGGAUUUUGGGAUUUGCUGCAAGAGAAAAUGUUUAAUACUAUAUUUAAGUUUGUGAGGAAUUAUAUUAUAGGGCUGUUGAGUCUCUGAGUUGCUUCUCAUUUUUAUUUAUGUAUCGAAUUUUUGCCGUA